GUGAAUAAGGGAAGAGGGAACUUGCGUUGUAGAACUCGUGUCCAAAACCGAAGUAGUCCUUCCACGCACACUCUGAUCGUCAGUGUCGUCAAAAAUGCGCGAAUAUAUAUAAUUUAAUACUAACAAUAAAGAGUAAUUUUUCUGAAAGGUGACGUCCAUCCAAUGUCUGAAUACUAGGAAACACUGAUAUCACUUUCUUAUUAACGAUUUUUGAAGCGCAGCUGCUUAAAACAACUUUCCGGUUCCAAGGGUUUGAGCCUUUACAAUUAACUUUUAACUACCCGACGCGAAAGCAGGAGACGCCUGGUAGCUGGAUAAAGAACGUGCUCGACGGUCAUAUUUUGAGUCGAGUGGGGAGGAUGGGCGGAGAGAGAGACUAGUCAGUAAGGUGGGAGGAGGGGCGAAAGAAAGAGCGCGAACGGGAGAGAGAGCGGCCUCCCCUACCCACCCGCCGAACUAUCCACGAACCUAACGAAUGUUGAACGUAGCGUCGGGUAGACCGCAUCUCAAGUACAAGUAGCGUGUGAAUAUCCAGUUCGAGUUUUGGCGUGUUUGUGCUUGUGCGGCGUGGUAGACGACAAAGUGAAGGAAGACGAGUGACUCGGUACCGGUAGUGAUCGUGAAGUGCAGAGCGUGCUAAGUGGUCGAGUGCGGGACGACUUGGUACGCACACGUCGCGAGUGGAGCGCGUGUGUCCGCGUCACGGACACGACGAAUGCGCGAAUGUGAGUGAGUAGAUCCAGGCUUGUGUGGGUGAGUGUGUGGAGCGUUACUUUCCACGUUUGUGACGCAGGGAGUAAUAGAGUGACAGGACGCGUGUGACAUGUCGGAACACCACCGCGUCGCCGGUGGCUGGGGCACCCCGAGUCCUGGGGGCCGAGAGGAUACCUCUGGUGGGUCCUGGUGGCCUGGACUUAACGAGCAGCAACAACAGCAGCAAGCACAACAACAGCAGCAAGCACAACAGCAUCAGCAAGCACAACAGCAGCAGCAAAAUCUACACCAACAUCUGUUGAAUCAACAGCAACUCUCGCAGCAUCAUCAGGACAUUGUCAGGAGCACGGCUGCGGCCGCUGCGACCCAACAGCUCUUCUCCUACAAGAUGGCCUCCAGUUUCCAAAACCCCGCUACCACCGGCGCUCUCUCGAACCCGGUAUCCACCUCCACCCCGGUCGGCUCAUGUAUGAAGGGCGGCGGGUAUGACUAUAGGCUCGGUGCACCCGGCAACGUACCGGUCAGCGCACCCUCGGCCCCUCCCGGUGUACAGUGGUGGUAUCCAGGUGGACUCAUGGAUGCUCAACAAAAUAAUAUGCACCAUCAACAAAUGCAGCAACAUCAGCAACACAUGCCGAUCACGACGCAAACCUCUACACCCCCGGUUAUGUCCCCGGUAGGUUCCAGGAACAUGUGGUUUUUGCAUCAAUUACAACAGCUAACGCAGCAACAGAAUACCCUUCAACAAAAUAACGCGCAGAGUUUGCAACAAGACAAAAUGCCCAGAGGAAAGGCAACGAAACCGAGGGGACGGAUGACCGCCUAUGCGUUUUUUGUUCAAACGUGUCGUCAAGAGCACAAGAAAAAACACCCCGAAGAAAACAUUGUUUUCCAGGAGUUCUCAAAAAAAUGCGCAUUGAGGUGGAAGACAAUGUCCGAUAAGGAAAAGAAGCGUUUCCACGAAAUGGCAGAGAAAGACAAGAAGAGAUAUGACACGGAAAUGCAGAAUUAUAUACCGCCUAAGGGCGAGAAGGUAACGGGCAGAGGCAAAAAACGCAAGCAUAUCAAGGAUCCUAAUGCUCCAAAGAGGUCCUUGUCCGCUUUCUUUUGGUUUUGCAAUGACGAACGUGGAAAGGUAAAGAUGCUGAAUCCGGAAUACGGAGUAGGCGACAUCGCAAAAGAAUUGGGCAAAAGGUGGUCAGACGCAGGUCCUGAAAUCAAAUCCAAAUACGAAGCUAUGGCGGAGAAAGAUAAAGCUCGAUAUGAAAGUGAAAUGACUGCCUACAAAAAGAAGUUAAAGGAUGGUGCGCCGGUAGUGGUAGCGCCGCCGGCGUUUGCCAAAAAGGAGAGCGACGAAGAAUACGAGGAGGAGGAUGAAUAGCCAGGAGAAUGACGGAUAGCGAACGCGCGUCAAAGUCUCAUCUAUCACCCCGUGUCCUUGAUCCCGAAGCAUACCUCACCUACUGUACAUACCAUUGACCUUAGCGUGAGCGUACUUACACCAUUAGGAGAACAAAUAACUAACCACCAGUCCCCGAUUAUUUACAAUAAUUAAUUAAACAAGAAAAAAAUGGCAAAAGUAUCCGCGUUUAUGAUAAUUAUUUUAAAAGAAAUUGUGUGUGUGAGAGCGAGAUGAGAUUUGUAUGAGUGACCUUUGUAUUUUAACAUAUUGAUAGUGAACAAUGUAAAGUGGCGUAGGAUAGAGGAAACUGAGAAGGGAUUCGAUGGUGUCCGAUUCUUCGCUCGGACAGCGCAGGGGCUGAUUUUUUUUCUCUCCGCUCUAACUUUUAAUUUUUCUCGUCUCUCGACCCUCGAUUUAAUAUUUUUUUCUUUUAAUUCUUUUUAUUUUUCAUUACAACUAAAAAUCGAGGGUGGAGCGAUUCGUGUAAGUAACGUUGAAAAUUGGAAGCGAAUUUCCGUCAGUCUGCCCAUUUGGUGGCAGUGCAGUCGGAAUCAUGUGUAUCGAUAAAUAAUCCUUGUACAGUUUGUUUGCUCGAGUCGCAGGGCAUGGGGCUGCUUCGUGUGAUCGUUAUGGUGCAGAGAUCGCACCCGCAUACCUGUAAGUAUUAAUUUACUAGGAAUUCAAAUGGCGCUGCGAAUCUUUUUCGCAAUCAUCUCUGCCUUCUGAUUUCAUACGCCGAAUGCUCACCUCCUAUCCCGAGGUUUCAGAGAUCCUGUCUGCCUUUGUUUAAUAUUUGAUCAAUUUAGAGCAGAACUCUGUAUUUAUUAUUCAAUUCAAGUUUUUACAGUUUACUGAGUAAACUUUCAGCUGAUAUUGUCCCGAAAGCUUCGAGGUUUGGAUUCCAAUAACGUUUCCCAAGUAAUAAAUGUUUUUUUUUUAAACAUUCAAGUUGUUUUUUUCGGCAUUUUGAGCAAUUUAGCGACGAACCGAAUAAUUGUGAUUAACGACGCGCAGUCCCAAUGAAAUAGGCGCAACAUGUAUAUUUUGUUUUGCAUUGUAAUAUAAAAUAAGAGCCAAAUGCGAAGUCGAGAAUUGUCAAACAUGUACCAAAAUGUGAACCACGUUUUUCUUUAUUUGUUAUACCUCCAGUUAAUAUUAAAAUGUUGUAUUCACCGAAUUAGCAACUCUGUUUUGAUUUAAAUGGAUAAGUUUUUAGCUCCUGCGUCAAUUAUAAAGAUUUUUUAAAAUUGUUUAUAACGAUAAUUAUAGUGAAACGGCCCCUGUCCUUGCCAUCGCCAUUCUCCCUCUUUAUUAUCCGUUUUUUUUGUCAAAUAAAAGGAAACUUAUCUAAAAAUGAAAUAAAA